AUGGCUGCCAUCCCAAAUGGAAGUACGUUCUAUAAUUUUAGUAACGGUUUCAUCGUUGAAUAUGACGGAUCGUGCAGUAGUUGGCUAUUAAUAAUAGGUGAAAAUUUUUGGCAUCCAGCUGUACGUUGCAUCCUAUACAUUGCUGCUAUGAUUUACUUAUUUGUUGGUGUUGCAAUCAUGUCUGACGUCUUUAUGGGUGCUAUUGAAGUUAUAACGAGCAAAAAGAAAACUGUUAUUACUUACGACCGUGAAACCGGUGAACAGGCGACUAAAGAAGUAUUAAUAUGGAAUGAGACGGUAGCCAAUCUAUCGUUAAUGGCGUUAGGUUCAUCGGCGCCCGAGAUUUUGCUAUCUAUUGUUGAAACAGUCUCUGAAAUAUCUGAUCCUAACAGUGUAGCUGAUGGUUUAGGGUCAUUUACUAUUAUUGGUUCAGCGUCAUUUAAUUUAUUAAUUAUAACCGCAGUUUGUAUCGUUAGCGUACCGGCUCCUCAUUAUAAACGCGUUAAAGAGUUUGGCGUUUUUAUUAUCACGGCAAUAUGGUCGGUAUUUGCUUAUGUGUGGAUGUUGAUUGUAACUACCGUAUGGACGCCUAAUAAAAUUGAUAUAUUCGAAGCAUGGAUUACAUUAGCCUUUUUCCCAUUACUUAUAUUAACUGCUUGGGCCCAAGAUAAUGGUUGGUGGUGGAAAAGACAUUCCCAAAUAUUACCUAAUGAGGAUAAAUCACUAACGGUACGCGUUGUCGGCGGUAAAAGCCGCCAUCCAUCUGCCUCUAUCAUACGGAGUACUUCUAGAGAAUUAUCAAAUGUUCACCGAGAAAGCGUUGCUUCUGCUCAUAAUAGCACUUACGACCUGGAGUCGGUUACGAAAUUGAAUCCUGGCGAAAAUAGGAGUCGAGCAAAUUCCGCCCGCACAAGUAUUUCCAGAAGUAGCUUUGUCUAUGAAGACCAUGGUAAAAUACAAGUAGAUAUUAAACCCUCAAAUAGCUUUGCUCGAGCUAGAUUUCGUCACGCUGCUAUCCGUUCAUUGAUGGGAGGUAAAAGGCAUCGAAGGUCCAAAUCAGUUACUGAUAAGAUGGUAGAGUUAGAGUCUGGAUUAUUCAAUUCAUCUGAACCUAAAAUGGCCCAUUUUGUUAAUAUAAUUACGCAUCGUUUAAACGAACAAUCUAACGCUUCUAGCAGGAAUAUAGCAGCUACAUUUGUAUUCGAAAUUGCGGCAUAUUCAGUCCGAGAAGAUAGCGGUUCCAUUGAUUUAAUUGUUUUGCUAAAUCGUCACAGGGCCUUAAUUAAAAAAUCCCAAGAAAACAAGAAUAAUAAGACCGUUACAUUUGGCUUAGGCAAAUCGACGUCUGAAACCAUCAUUAAAAGUCUUAGCAGCAGCUUCAAGACCGAUAAAUCGAUAAAGUCAUGUGAUCCUAUAACUGAAGAAAGUAUCCAAGAUUUAGAAUCGUCAAGGUAUAGCGAUGAGGAAGGAGAUGAUGCCACUCAGAAUAACUUUUCUGUAGAUUUUGAGACUCGGGAUGGUGGUGCUAAGCAAGGUGUUAAUUUCAAAUAUUCCGCUGGCAGGCUGAAUUUCACAAAAUCAGAGUAUCAAAAGACUAUUACGGUUGAUAUCCUCAAUGAUGGUCAAUAUCAUCCUAAUCUUAGCUUCUACGUCAUAUUGAAAAAUCCAUCAGAGUAUAGCAAAUUGGCAGAUCCUAGCGUUGCUCUGGUGACCAUAAUUGACACUAAUGUGCCAGGAGAAUUUCAAUUUGAAAAAGCAAAAUAUCAUGUUGAUAAAGAUUCAAAUCAGAUAUCAUUGAAAGUGCUCAGAAAGAAAGGAGUAGAUGGCACUGUUCAUUUAGAAUUUGCUACUAUAGAUGGAACUGCCCAUGGCGGAAUUAUUCCCGAAGUAGAAGAAAAUCAUAAAGAUUAUGAAUCAAAAACAGAUAUGCUAAUUUUUGCUAACGGCGAAACUGAGAAGGAAAUAGUAAUUAAUGUCGCUAGCCAUGUCAAGUUGGAUAAGAAUUUCUUAGUUGCUUUACGCAAUGCAAGCAUGGGAGCAAGAAUUGGUGAAAUAGGAGCAACUAUUGUUAGCUUUGAUAUUGAAAGAGAUGCAUUAGGUGAUCGUGUUGCAGAAUUUGCCGCUUUAAAUGGAGUGGAGGGAGAAGAUGUUAGUUGGGCUGAACAAUUCACAAAUGCAUUAACUGUUGGGAGCGAUAUUGAUGAAUUUGGAGAAGAAUCACCUCCCAGUAAUCUUGACUAUAUUCUGCAUUUUAUUGCCUUUUUAUGGAAAAUAAUAGCAGCUACUAUUCCACCGAGGACGGUGUUAGGGGGUUGGCCAGCCUUUGUUUUAUCAUUAGUUUAUAUUGGUUUCUUGACAGCUAUUAUAGAACAGUUUGGUAACUUGUUAGGAUGCGUUAUAUUACUAAAGCCCAGUGUAACAGGAAUUACAAUAGUAGCCCUAGGAACAAGUUUACCUGAUACAUUUGCUAGCAGAAAUGCGGCAGUUCAUGACCACAGUGCAGAUGCUUCAAUUGGAAAUGUUACAGGGAGUAAUAGUGUUAAUGUUUUUCUUGGAUUGGGAUUGCCUUGGGUUUUGGUUACCACUUACCGUCAGAUAAUGUUCUCAAAUUCAGACUACGCGAUUAGUCCAGGGGAUAUGCAAUUUUCUGUUAUUCUAUUCACUGUAGUAGCUGGAGCUGGAGUGGCUAUUUUGUUGUUCCGACGCUUUGUCCUUGGUGGUGAACUUGGAGGAGAUAUCAAAUGGCAAUAUAUUACAGCAGCUACAUUAGUUUUACUUUGGGCCGUCUAUAUUACACUAGCCAGCUUACGAGCAUAUGAUGUUAUAAGAUUUCAGUGA